AUGAGAAAAUUUUCUGAUCAUGGCUUUGUUCUACUUGUUUUAUCGUUGGCUGCCAUACCAUUCUGUUUCUGCAUUAAUUCAACAGCCAGCUGCGUAGAAAGAGACAGAGAAGCUCUUAUAAAGUUCCAGCAAAGUUUUCAAGAUACACCAGACGGGUUCUCCUCUUGGAAAGGCAAAGACUGCUGCAAAUGGAAAGGAGUGAGUUGUGAUUAUCAAAGUGCAGGACAUGUUGUCAAGCUUGAUCUUCGAGCUAAACGCCUCCGAACACAGGUUGACUUGCAGGCCACUGAGGUUAGCUUAUCUUGUUUGCUGGAGUUGAAAUAUUUGAAAUAUUUGGAUUUGAGUGGAAACAAUUUAGGCGACGGACCAAUCCCCAAGUUUUUUGGUUCCAUGAAGCGGCUGACAUAUCUUAAUCUCUCUUCUGCACAAUUUUCUGGGACGGUUCCCCAUCAUCUUGGAAACCUUACUAGCUUGCAGAUUCUUGAUCUCAGUAACCCACCAUUGUUGAUUGUAGAUGAUCUUCGAUGGCUUUCUCGUCUGUCGUCUUUGCAUCACCUUGAUAUGAGUGACUUGUACUUUGAGGAGACACUAAACUUAAUGCAGGUACUCAGCAUGCUUCCUUCUUUGCUUUGGUUACGAUUGUCGAAUUGUGGACUUAAUGAAAAUCAAUUUCGAGGGGGUGGCACCAAUGCCACUUUUCUCCACAACCUUCAAUCCUUAGAUCUUGCCAACAAUGGACUUCUUGGUCCAAUUCCUGAUGCUCUUCGAAACAUGACUUCCCUUAGAAGACUUGAUCUUUCAUUCAACAUUUUGCAAUCAUCAAUUCCUGCCUGGUUGGGAAAUCUUGAGAACCUUGUCCAUCUCAAUCUUUCUCACAAUGUCUUCAAUAGUAUUGAAGGUGGGCUAUUGUCAAUAUUAAGAAAUCCAUGCCAUCUAAAAUCAUUAGACUUGUCGCUGAACCCAUUUCAAGGAGAGAUAUUAGGAACUAGUGGAACUUUAUCUGGAUGCACUGAAUAUGAUUUAGACACACUGAGGUUAGUCAACAGUGGAGCUAGUGGCCGUUUGCCAGAUUGGCUGGGGAAGCUAAGAAAUUUGAAAUACCUUGACUUUCAGAUGAAUUCAUUCAGUGGCCCUAUUCCAUUUUCGCUUGGGAAUUUGUCAACCUUGAGAGAAUUGUAUCUUUCACACAAUCAAUUGAAUGGGACAGUUCCUGAGAGUCUAGGGCAACUUUCAAACCUUACAGUCUUAGAUCUUUCUUCAAAUAAUAUAGAUGGCAUAGUUUCUGAAGUCCACUUUGCCAACCUCUCAAAGUUGGAAAUAUUGAACUUUGCCCUCAACCAUUUGACAAUCAAGGUAAAGUCCAACUGGGAGCCUCCUUUCCAGCUCAAACAUGUAAGGAUGGAAUCUUGCAAGUUCGGGACACAAUUUCCUCAAUGGCUUCUAACACAGAAGACCAUCACAUUAGAUUUGUCCAAUGCUAGUAUCUCAGGAACGAUACCAAAAUCGCUUCAUGGCUUGCACCUAACCUACUUGGAUCUAUCAUACAAUGAGAUAACUGGAUCCCUUCCACAAAAAAUUUCUGAUAUGAUGCCUAGAUUGGAUAGUUUAUUUCUUGGCAGUAACCAUAUAAAAGGUUCAGUACCAACCUCAUUGUGCAACAUAGAGACUUUGGGUGCUCUCGACCUCUCAAAGAACAGGUUGUCUGGUGAAAUUCCUGGAUGUUUGAAGAAUCUCCAAAACUUGUAUGCUGUGGACCUCUCAUCAAACAACCUGUCAGGGGUUAUUCCCAGCUCAGUUGGUUAUCUUCGGCAUCUAGUAUGGUUGAACUUGAACAACAAUAGUCUUCAUGGAGAACUCCCUUCAGCCUUGAGAAAUUGCUCUUAUCUGAAACAUUUGGAUCUUGGCAAGAAUAGAUUGUCAGGGCAUAUACCUGCGUGGAUCGGAGAUAGCUUUGAGUUCUUGAUAAUUCUCCGCUUACGGAGGAAUACGUUCAAUGGCAGUAUUCCUUCACAACUGUGCCAACUUUCCCCACUGCAGGUCUUGGACCUUGCACAUAAUGAUCUAACAGGAAUCAUCCCUCACUGCUUUGACUAUCUCAAGGGAAUGCAGUUGGCGCAGUACUCAACCAACCAACCAGAAUCAGAUCAGCAGGGGUAUGAUAUUGAUGCAGAACCAAACAACACAAAUAUCUGGCAGGUUUUAAAGGGAAGGGAGUACGAAUCUGCAAGGAUUUCAUCUCUAGGAGUUAGUAUGGACCUCUCAAGUAAUAAUUUGGUAGGAUUCAUACCUGAAGAAUUGACAUCCCUUUCUGGAUUGCUUGGCCUGAAUUUGUCACAUAAUCAUUUGGAAGGAAGCAUCCCUCAAAAGAUAGGCGAACUGAAGUCAUUAGAAUCUUUCGAUAUAUCAAACAAUCAACUUUCCGGCACAAUUCCAAUGAGCAUGUGGUCCUUGGCAAUGACAACAUUAAGCCACCUCAACUUAUCAUAUAACAACUUAUCUGGCCCACUCCCAAAAGUUUAUGAGGUACAGCCUUUUGAUUCAACUAGUUUUACUGGCAACUCACUACUCUGCGGAGCUCCACUACCAAAUUACUGCUCAGGUGAUGAUGAGCUGCAUCAGAUUCCUACAAGCACCAGCAAUGUAGACCAUGAUUCUGAAGAAGAUAGGUAUGAAAAAUUAUGGUUUUGCCUUGUCGUAAUGCUUGGAUUUGCAAUGGGGUUUUGGGGAGUUCUCGGGCCUCUAAUGCUCAACAAGAGCUGGAGACGUGCAUAUUUUCGAUAUGUGGAUGAAGCCAAGGACUGGAUAUUUGUUGCAGUAGCAGUGAAGAUGCGAAGCUGGAGAAGAUGGGAAGAGGCCAUGUAG